AUGCAGGGAAAUUCCUUUGCAUUCAUUCCUUGGGGCAAUUUGACUUUUCACGCAAUCUGUCCAUCACGUUUCGAGGGGGGGAGAGGAAAAAAAAAGUGGGUCCCGUUGUAGCCUCCUGUGUCUAGACUUAACAUAACGAUACACUGAGACAGCAGCACUGAACCAGACGGCCGAAGAGGUGCCUCUCCGUCCUUUUUUUCAGGUUUGAGCGUGCCAAGUGAAGGGAAAGCAAAACAUGGCUGGUUUAAUGGCAGGUUUCGGUCAUUACACCCACGCCGUCGUCCGGGGAAUCCCCGCGUCCCUGGCCAAAGAAGCGCUCCGGAGCAGCCAGUCGGAUGUGGACCUCGCCAAGGCGCAGAGGGAGCACGAGGGGUACGUCGAGGUCCUGAGGACGAGGCUCGGACUGGAGGUGGUCGAGCUCCCCGCGGACGAGUCGCUCCCGGACUGCGUGUUCGUGGAGGACGCGGCCGUGGUGUGCGGUGACACGGCGCUCAUCACCAGACCCGGGGCAGAGAGCAGGAGAAGAGAGACGGAGGCAAUGAAAGGAGCUCUGAAGGAUCUGAAUCUGAACAUUGUGGAAAUGACUGACGAGAACGCUACACUGGAUGGAGGAGAUGUGCUUUUUACAGGUCGAGAGUUCUUUGUGGGCCUUUCCAAACGGACCAAUCAGAGGGGAGCAGAGAUCCUAGCAGAUGCCUUUAAGGACUAUGCUGUGUCUACUGUGCCUGUGCUGGAAGGGUUGCACCUGAAAAGCUUCUGCAGCAUGGGGGGACCAGGCCUUAUCGUCAUCGGCUCCAGUGAACCAGCGCAGAAAGCCCUCAAAAUCAUGCAGCAGAUGAGUGACCAUCGCUAUGACAAACUGACGGUGCCUGAUGAUCUUGCAGCCAACUGCGUCUACAUGAACCUGCCUAAUAAGGGACAUGUGCUCCUGCACUGCACAGCAGAUGAGUUUCCAGAGAGUGCAAAGGUGUUCGAGAAAUUGAAGGACCACAUGCUGAUCCCCGUGUCCAACAUGGAGAAGGUCAAAGUGGAUGGAGCCCUCACAUGCUGCUCUGUACUCAUCAACAAGAAGGCCAACAUCUGAGUCUGCUCGCCAGGGGGGUCUCUCAGUGCAUGGUAACCAAGCAGAGCCUGUAUCCAAUUCACCAAGCAUCCAGAGGUUUGACAAAACUAUCUUGGUACUUAGAGGGAAGGAUAGGCAAGUUUGUUGAUGCUGAGGGACAAAGAACAUACCCCCCACCCACCCCCAAACUCCCCCACAAAAAACAACACUCAAAUUACAUUGUCUUAAAGGGAGUGUGAAUAGUUCAUUUGACUCAAAACAAGUAGUUACAGUGAAUCUAUGCCUCUAUAAGAAUUAGGAUAUUGAAUUAAAAUUAGUUUGAAUAUUUUGCUCUUGAUUUGGAUAUUAAGGAAAAAGAACAAGCCGAUGUUAAGCUAUACGUUUCUGAGAGUAUUCGUUCUUUACAACUAGUCAACAAACUCUUAAAAUAUAUAUAUUAUUCUAAUUGAUUCCAAAUAUUAUUCUAAUGUUAGGUACUGCAGAGUCCCUCCUUCUCGUCUUCUUGGUCCUUGCACUGCACCAAGAAAACCAGACGGAUCCGUUUGAUAAAAUUGUUUCUGUUGCCAUUGAAAAGUACAGUCUUACCAACACUGCAAUGCAGAUUUAUAAAUUACAUAACUAACAGACAUCUACAAUGAAAAAAUGUAGACAGUUGGUUUAUACUGUUUACAUGCACCAUUUUAACUGUGAUUUAAUUUGUGUGUGUGUUUGGUUAUAUAAUGCAAAAGGGACAGAGUUUGUAAUCCUUUUCUCAAGAACUGUAUUUUGGAGCAAGGAGGAGGGUGAAGGGAAUAAAUCCUGCUACUGCUGUAAUAUUGCUAAAUCUUAAUGACACGGUUGCUAUUUAGCAGGUUUUCUUAAACUUGUUUAUUAUAACCUGCUCUUUCUUUACAGUUGGUGCUGAGCAAAAUGUCAUGACCAUACUUGAUUUCAAAGCCACUAAUAUACCACUCUUUGAUGUUUUGAUUCCUCAUUCUGAAAAAUACAGUUCUUGAAAAUCCCGCUGGAGAUGUGAGCUUUUAGUACGAUGACAGUGUUAUGAUUUUUAGUGAUUUGUUAUGAUUUUGUGAUUAAUAUUAAGAGUACUGCCACUGAGACCUGAGGUGCUCUUACUUUUCAUGACUAUUGCUCACUUACCAUUGUCAUUGAUUGUAGAGCACUGGAGAUGAUUUUUGAAUGAUCCUUAACAAUUGCCACCAGCUGAAGAAGCUAAUAGUAGCCCGUUAUUUUAUUCUACAAAAACCAUCUGUGGCCAUUUUGUCGCAGCAAUUUUGCAUCCCUCCUGAUAAGCGUUUCUUAUCUGUGGGGAUGCAAACUUAUUAAUCUGUGCCAACCCUGCAGAGGACAGAUAAAAGCUGCCUGUGUAGGAAAUGUAAGUUUUCAUUAUUAUAACAUGAACUAAGCUUUCAUUUAUUCCAACAUAACACCUCUGCUCCUUUUAAUGUGCAAUGCCUGUAUGGAAAUCAAUGACUUUACUCCUGCUGAGUGAUUCUGAAGGCACUUGUAGUUUUCUCACAUCAUUGGUUCUGUCUGUGUUGUUGAUUACACUAGUUGUGUUUUUUUUUUCCUGUCUGGCAGUUUUUACUCCAAAAACUGACUUAGAGCAUGCUGUGAAACUGAUGUCUGUUCCACUAAAUCCAAUGGCACCAAAUGUGAGUGCAGUGAGAGAGUUUGCACUCAGCAUGCAGAACAAGCUAACUGCCCAUUUUGGUGCAUUUCCAUGUGUCCGCUGCCAGUGGGAGUUUAAAGGAUGCUGAUGAGCUCUGUUUUUAGUGGCCUUAUCUCUGUUGUUGCUGAAUUCAUGUUUGAGGCCUACAGAUAUGACAGCAUAGUACAUGUAUAGUGUAAAUAUACUAUAUACUGUAUAAGGCCCAUCACAUCUGAAACCAUGUUGUUUCUCAUUGUGAUUGUAACUGAAAGUUGAGGAAAUGACAUCAGGAGGUGAUUCAACCUCCUUCCAUAGACAUUUGCGUAUGGGCAAGUGGGCAGUGAUGAAACAUGGAAAGAAUUCCUGUUGGAAGGAGAGGCUUGUACGCCAGUAAACACUGACUCUCUUAAACUUUCUCUUUCUCUCAACUGUCUCACUCCCAACAUUCGACUUCUCCCACACUCCGCUAUUGCCUCAUAGAUGAUUCUGGCCUAAUUUAUGGCUAUGAUGUCAUAGAGCCUGGCAAACACUGUAGAUGUGAUGGCCUGCCAUUAAGUUUGACACUAGUAGUAUAUUUUACAGGAGGCGGCUGACUGGAUGUAGGGUGAUAGCAGCGUUGCAGAGCAUUCAGUUCUGACUCUCACACAGUUACUCCAGAAGGCUGAGCCAGGCAGGACCAGUCAUACAUUGUCUGAUCACUACAUAGCAGACAUUGGGUUUUAGGCAAGUAAAGUAAUUUCAUCUAAAAUUGUCAUCACCUCUCAGACUGCUCCAAACCACCUCUUGGUUCUGCUGCUCUGGGACACUGUAACCUUUUCCUACUGCUGAUUUUAAAUCAAAAUAACAUUUAAUACAUUUUUGGCUCUUGGCUGGCAAAGCUGCAUGUGAGUAACUGCUUCUGACUUUGUCGAGGGCUCUUAUUUAUCCUCUUACUAAUCCCCUCACUCAUUCCAGUAAUCAUGAUGUUGUGAUUGCCCAUGUUCCAACUCAGGUCUCUUGGUUUUCAUACAAGUUGUGAGUAAUAAUUAUUUAAGUCAUGUUAAAUUGAGCCGUUCGUCUACUUUGUGUAAUAAAUUAACAUCUAGCACUCA